AUGGUCGCCGGGAUCGACGGUGGAAUUGGCGGCCACUCGGCCGAUAAGCAACAACCCGCGAGGCCAAUCACUGUCGCGUCGGCGGCGGCUGCAGGAGAUGGCGGCACCGCAGCUUCCUCGCAAGUGAAGGAGGUUCCAGCUGGCGCCGCAAUUUCCGGCGCGAAAACCGGGGUAGCAGCCGCGGCGGGGAGAGGAAACGUGGGAGUGCGGCGAUUGGAGGAACUUGAGUGGGAGAGCACGUUUGUUGACAAGCUUCCUGGGGAUCCAGUCGAAGAAAACCACGUUCGAAUAGUACCCUCACGCGCAGUGCUACGAGGGCCCCCCCACAUCCCCGCCUCCCCUCUCCACUGCCCUUUGCCCCUCCUUUACCGCGCACUCCCCCUGCCCGCUCCCGUUCUUCCCCUGUUUCUUCCCCUCACGCCUUGCAGCAAGCCCUACGCGCAGUGCUACGGGGGGCACCAGUUUGGGUCAUGGGCGGGGCAGCUGGGGGAUGGGCGCGCCAUCACACUGGGGGAAGUGGUGCUGGGGCGGGAAGGCGUGCAGGGGGACGGGCGCGCAGGGGAAGGGGUGGAGGGAGCGGUGGGAGUUGCAGCUGAAGGGGGUGGGGAAGACGCCCGUACAGUAGGCACGCGGAUGGGCGCGCUGUGCUGCGCAGUUCCAUUAGAGAGUACCUCUGUAGCGAGGCCAUGGCCGCCCUGGGUGUGCCUACAACGAGGGCGCUCUCUGUUUGUCACCACUGGGGAGAAGGUGCUGCGAGACAUGUUCUACAAUUACAUCACCAAGUUUGAACCAGGAGCUGCUGUGUGCCACUUGGCACCCCAUUCCCCAUCAGGCCUCUCCAUUCUCAUUGUCGCAUCCCCAUCCCCCCAUUCCCCCAUCCCCCAAUUCCCCGCCUCCCCGUUCCCCCAUCCCCCAAUUCCCCCGCCUCCCCGUUCCCCCAUCCCCCAAUUCCCCCGCCCCCCCGCCCCCCCCGUUCCCCCAUCCCCCAAUUCCCCCGCCCCCCCGUUCUCCCAUCCCCCUCUGAACGCCAGUGGCAACGCCAAGUUCGAGCCAGGAGCUGCUGUGUGCAGCGUGGCACCCUCCUUCAUCAGGCCGGCCCCAUAUCCUCAUCCUGGCAACGCCAAGUUCGAGCCAGGAGCUGCUGUGUGCCGCGUGGCGCCUUCCUUCAUCAGGUCAGUCCUCGUAUCCAUUCAAGCCGCAUUCACACAAGGUGCCGUUCGGCUCGUUCCAGCUCCAUGCCUCCCGGGAGGUUUGGACAAGGAGAUGGUUCGGGUGCUGGCGGACUACACCAUUCUGCACCACUUCCCGCACCUGGCCGACCUCCCCGAGCCUCCAGUGCAGGUCCGGGAGCCAGGCUCGGAGGAGGACGAGGAGGUUGGGGAUCCCGAUGCUGUGGAUGUGACGACAAACAAGUAUGCAGCCUGGUUUGCUGAAGCACCAAGGAGCGCAGGCGAGCUCGUUGCAGCGUGGCAGGGGGUGGGGUUCACGCACGGCGUGCUCAACACGGACAACAUGAGCAUUCUCGGCCUCGCCAUCUCCCUGUCCUCCCCCUUCCCAUGUCCUUCCCCCGUGUCACCAGCGUGGUUCGCUCAAGUAGCAGCAAGCACGGGAGAGCUCGUCGCGGCAUGGCAGGGGGUGGGGUUCACGCACGGGGUGCUCAACACGGACAACAUGAGCAUUCUCGGUCUCACCAUUGACUACGGCCCCUUCGGGUUCCUUGAUGCCUUUGACCCGGAUUUUACCCCCAACACGUCGGACAUGCCCGGGAGGAGAUACUGCUUCCGGCAGCAGCCGGAUAUUGGGCUGUGGAACGUGGUGCAGCUGGCCAAUACGCUCGUGACAGGUGGCAUAAUUGGAGUGGCCGAGGCGCAGCACGGGGUGUCCAGGCAUGUUUCAGCCGUAGGGCAUUCCCUAGUGUCCUUUCUCUCAGCCUACCAGCAGCGCAUGGCGGCCAAGCUGGGUGUGCCAUCAUACGACAAGGACCUCACCCAGUCGCUUCUGCAACUCAUGGCCAUGAGCGGAGCACCAACACUACGCGGAGGCAUUCCUGUCAGCCUACCAGCAGCGUAUGGCAGCAAAGCUGGGUACGCGGAGGCAUUCCUGUCAGCCUACCAGCAGCGCAUGGCAGCAAAGCUGGGUCUGCCAUCAUACGAAAAGGACUUGACUCAGUCGCUGCUGCAGCUCAUGGCCAAACAUGGCGCUGACUUCACCAACACCUUCCGUGCCCUUGCUCGUGUUCCUGCUGAACGAGACUUUUCAGACGCUGACCUGCUGGCGCCAAUGAGGGGGGCGCUGGGGUUGCAGGAGGGGGCAGGGAAGGAAGGGGAGAAAGAGAAGGAAUGGGUGGACUGGCUCCGGCUUUAUACUGCCAAG